AUGAGUGAUAAUGAUAAUGGAUUUUAUUCUCCACUGUUUAACAAAAAUAGAUUAUCGAUGCAACUAUCUAGAAUUUCCGAACCCUCUUCUGCUGUCAUUGACGAUGGUCGCAGCACAUGCUCUUCGUCACCCACUUCUGUAUAUUCUACAAUCUCACAUCAACACCAGGAUUCUUACGAAUCGGGUGUAGCGUACACAAAAUACAAAGGUGGUAAUGGUAACGACAAUAGUGAAAUAUCAUCGAUAAUAUCAAAUGGCAUGUCCAAAGAGCACAAGCUUUAUCACUCUAGUUCUCUUAGAUCUAAUAACAAUAUUCACUCUGUGGAAUUAUCCCCAACCGACGCAAACUUCAACAUUGAGGCGCAUUCUACUUCGAUACUUACUUCAAGUUCGCUAGUUACUGUUUCGGAUUCCCACGCCCACAAAAACACGUCGGCAGUUGAACUGCCAGACACACCUUCAAUAUUAUAUCCACUUAAUAACGAUGAAAACGAUAGUGACGAGAAAACUUGUAAUGUAGAAGUAGUUUCCUCAAAAUCGGAUUUUUACAUUAGAGGUGGAAGGGCUGGAUUCUGGAGAGAUUUGUGGCGAAUGAAUAUUAUCAAGGACGGGAAACCGACACCGAAAUUUUGGUUGAUUUUUAUUGGACUUCUCGCUUUAUUAUUAUUGAUUGUAAUUCCAGUAGUAGUCAUUUCAAAUCAACCUCACUCCUCUCCGGCAAAUAAUGGAACUACCAACACAGAUAACAACGGAACUACCAACACAGAUAACAACGGAACUACCAACACAGAUAACAACGGAACCACCAACACAGAUAACAACGGAACCACCAACACAGAUAACAACGGAACCACCGGCACAAAUGAUAAUGGAACCGCUAACACGGAAAAUGAAACCGUUAAUACAAAUAUCAAUGGAACCUCCACCAGAUGA